AUGGCAACACUAGCACCUGGAAUUCUGUUAAAGCUUCUAAACGGAAUUAACACAGGUGUUAAACCAACAAGCGAGCAUCGAAAUUCUCUCUUGCAAGUCACCGACAUCGUCCCCGCGGAUCUCGAUGAGAAAAGUCUCUUCCCAAAACAAGGCUUCUACAUUAAAGUUUCCGAUUCUUCGCAUUCAAUUUACGUUACUCUUCCUUCUGAUGAGCACGAUUUUGUUCUGAGCAACAAAAUGCAGUUAGGUCAGUUUAUCUAUGUUGAUCGAUUGGAACCUGGUUCACCUGUUCCGGUUCUCAAAGGAGCUAAACCGUUACCUGGGAGACAUCCUUUCAUUGGGACGCCAGAGCCUCUAUUGGGCCUAAGGGAAAAAACCCAAGCCCAAGCCCAAGUUCAAGCUCAAACAUGUAAGCCUAUUAGAGGUUCUUGGGGAACAGGAACAGGGAGGAAGAAGAAGAAGAAUGAGGAAGAUGCUGAUGGUGAUGAUGGUGGUGCUUUUUCUUCUUCUCCUAUGGUGUUUAAACCGGUUAACUUGGAUUUUGAUCAGUGUACACCUGUUAGAGGGAGGAAUUUUGUUGGAAAAGAUGGAACUCCGGUUAGAUGUUCUGUUGGUGGUGGGCUUUUUGGGAAAAUGAGUGAUGCAAAAGGUGAAAGUCCUGCGCUGCUUAGAAAAAGCUGUGUUGUUGGUUCUUCGAGUUCAAAGAUUACACGAAGUAGAAGCGUUUCGGAAAGAGAGAAUAGGAUGCCUUCUGCUAGCCCCUUCAAGUCAAAUGAAAAGAAAGGAGGUACUCCACCACCCCGGUUGAGACAUACAAGAGUGGCGAAUUCUGUUGGUGUUACAGGAGGAGAUGCUCACAAAGAGGACUCAAAUGUCACCUCUCAACAGAAAUCUCAGUCUACAACUAAUUCAGCUUUCGAUGAUUCCAACAAUCACAGUCUGCCCAUGAAUUUACCAGCAAGUCUCAGCUCCUUAGGAAAGGAAGCUGUGCAGCAAAGAGAAGUGGCUCAAAAGAUUGCCCUUCAAGCAUUAAGAGAUGCUUCAGCCACUGAGACAGUAGUUCGAUCCCUUAAGAUGUUUUCAAAUUUAUGCAAAUCGGCCCGAGCUGAUGCACCUGCUACAUGUUUCGAACGGUUUUUGGAAUUCCAUAAUGAUAUUGUACUAGGCGUUAGUGCAAUGAUGUCAAUGCAAGCAGCUACUUCUGCUUCAGAAUUGGCUUCAAAAACAGAUAAACAAGUCGAAGAAGAACAACCGCAGGUUUUACACGAAGUUAUGCUAAAUUCUGUCGACCAAUCACGAAACUCUAUCGAAUCAAACACGUCAAAAAGAAGAUGUGCUUAUAGAGCAAAAGUGGGGAAACUUUUGAGAUCAUCGAGUUCAAACCCAAAGGAGAUUUUGGAGAAGAAAGGUUCUACCCUGGAACCUAUUGUUGAAAACGACGAGAAUAAGAAACCAAUAUCUUGCAGCUUAAGCAACACGAUCAAGUUGGGAAAACAGAUUGAAACCGAAUCUGGAAAUUGGUUUAUGGAUUUCAUUGAGAAGGCAUUGGAAGCGGGUUUGAAGAAAACAAAGGAAGCGUCAAACGGGGAUGUUCGUAAGGUUUCUCAGUCUCUCAUAAUUAAAGUUAUGAAUUGGGUUGAGGUAGAACAAUACCAUAGUAACAAGAGGCCUAGCCACCCUAAAGCGGCGCAGAUUGCUCGGAAGUUAAGAAUAAAGAUUAAGAAUCCUUGA